AUGGCCGCUCUCGACAUCAUGAACAACAACUUGAAUACACCUGAGGGAGUUCAACAAGUCACUUUAGUGCACCUAUCCGAGUCGAAAUUCCAGUCUACUAACGAAGGCUCUACUGACGGGGUUUCACUGAGUCUUUCCGGGCCAUACUCAAAUUCGAUGAAGUCACUUUUGAAGACAAAUAACGUGCAAAAACAAAUGAGUUUUACUGUA